AUGUUUAAGAAAAAUCGAAAGGUAAUGGCAGCAGAGGAAGAUGCUAAUCUGUCAGCUUUGAAGUCUCAUUUAAGUCAAACACACAUUGGUUGGAAGCAGGAGAUGGAGAGAAGCCAAUCCCAAGUGGUUGCCUUGCAAGAGAAACUUACGGAGGUAGAGGGUUGUAUACAAGGGUCAGAAGAAGAUGCAAAGAAAGAAUUAGAAGUCCUCUGGCGUAGAGUUAAAACUGCUGCAACCUUAUUGACAUACUUGAAAUCGAAAGCCAGAGUCAUGGCUAUUCCUCAUUUGGCUCAUACUUCGUGUGGUAUGAAACAAUUGGGCAGCAUUGGCCUUGUUGAUAAAAAUGGUGUACCAUUGUCCGGCUGGUCAAGAAAUGUAGAUCUGUCUUCCCUUGACAGUCCAGACAAGGAAACAUGGAUUGCACUUGGUAGUCUUCAUGGUUCUUAUGAUGAACAAGAUGGAGCUUAUACCACUGAAUUACUUAAAAAUGUUCAAAUGGUUACAGAUGUAAUGGAAAGCCUUUUCAAGAGGGUUAUAGUGGCAGAAUCUGAAACUGCUAUUGAGAAGGAGAAAGUAACUGUAGGGCAGGAAGAAAUUAAAAGAAAGGUCCUCCAAAUUGAAAGCAUGUCUUUGAAACUAGAGGAGAUGGAACAAUUUGCACUGGAUACAAAUUGUAUUUUAAAUGAAAUGCGGCAGAGGGUUGAAGAUUUGGUUGAAGAAACUUCUAGACAAAGGCAAAGAGCUGCUGAAAAUGAGCAGGAGCUUUAUCGUGUUAAGCAGGACUUUGAUUCUCUGAAAUCCUAUGUCAGUAGUCUCAUUAGUGUAAGGGAAACACUUCUUUCAUCAGAAAAGCAAUUUCAGACUAUUGAGAGGCUAUUUGAACGUCUUGUUGCCAAGACGUCACAAUUAGAAAGUGAAAAAAUGCAAAAGGAAGCUGAGGUCCAGAAACUUAUGGAAGAGAAUGUGAGGCUGAAUGUUCUUCUUGACAAGAAAGAGGCUCAACUUUUGGCCAUGAAUGAACAGUGUAAGGUUAUGGCACUCAGUGGUUCCAAUGUUUAG